CUGAACGGGGAGGAGGCUCCUCCCGCGGCGCUCCGCAGCCCGGGGGCCGAGCGAGGGGACUCUUACGGCGGCGGCGCCUUGGACCGCCGCGGCGCUAUAUAAACUGCGGUAGCGGGGCGGCGGUGGCAGCAGCAGCUUCAGCGCUUGGGCAACCGCGAGGUCGCUACGCCGCUCCCGUCCCGUCCCGUCCUCGGCGACCGAGUGCUUGGCGCGCGCCUCUUCCAGCGCUCUGCAGCUUCCCUCCCGCGGCGGCGCUUCCUCGGCCACGUCCCUCGCCCCCGCUGCCUGAUGCCUCCCAACCUCACCGGCUACUACCGCUUUGUCUCCCAGGACAACAUGGAGAACUAUCUCCGAGCCUUAGACAUUAAUGUCGCUUUGAGGAAACUGGUUUGUCUCCUGAAACCAGACAAAGAGAUCAUCCACACUGGGGACCACAUGACCAUCCGCACAUUAACUUCACUUCGGAACUAUAACAUGGACUUUGACCUGGGAGUUGAGUUUGAAGAGGACUUGGGGCCAGUGGAUGGACGCAAGUGCCAGACAACUGUCUUUUGGGAUGGAGAUCAGCUGGUCUGCGAACAACGAGGAGAGAAACGGAAUCGGGGCUGGAGACACUGGCUAGAAGGAGAUCAACUGCAUCUGCGCAUGACAGCAGAGGAUGAGGUUUGUGUCCAGGUUUUCCAAAAAGUGAAGUGAUCCCCAGCAUAGCAUCUGCCUAGUGCCAAAUGCUAACUUCUGGAUGAAACAGGCAUUAGAGCUCAAAGCCAGGACCAGAAUCAAACAAUCAGCUUUUUACUCUUUGUUCUACAUUCUUCUCUUUUGUAUUAAAAUAAUGUGAUGACUAA